CAACCCUCCACACCCUACAUCUCAGGGAAGUUGCUCUGCAUUCCUGCUGCACACACCCAAUACACACACACAUAUAACGAUACAUAGAAAGCACACUGGAAGGAUCCUCACACCGAGGUUAGAUAGGCGUUUGGGGAGGGCCUGACGAAGGACUGGAGACCAGAACCUCAUCAUAAUCGCCCUGCCAGUCUAAUCAUGAGUAAGGCAGGUGAUGAUGGAGGUGGAGCUGGUGACGGGAGUGACUCAUCAAAGCAGCAGGAUGAUGGAGCUGCAGGAGGAAAGGUGCUGCGCAAACUGACCGCUGUCCCCGCUAGACCAGGCUGGACCAAAGUCAGCUGCCCCUGCUGUGUGUCAGAGCGGGUUGAGCCUUUAGUUCUGGUGAAGCUCAGAGAAAAGACUGGCCCAGAGACGAAGCGGUGGCUCCUCAAAUUGAUUGGAGCGCCGCAAAAAGAUGGAGGUGCUUCAUUACUGGCUCACCCAGGGGAGGAUGCCAGCGGUGAUUUAAUCAUUUUGUCGGCCCCUCGCUGUACGUUGCUGCGAGCCACAGAGGAGUUGGGACUUUGUAAGACCUACCAAAAUGGUGACAUGGAGGCCUUCUCCUACAGUGACAGAGACAACUUCAAAGAUUCAGACAACAUGGAGGUGUUUCUGACGCUGGCGGAGCGACAGUUCAUAGUGAAAUAUGAGCUGGAAGGUAUGCGGAUGAAGAAGGACAUGAAGGUACCUGGGCUUCCCGACAGCUUCGUGCUGCACAACCGAGACAACAUCUGGCAGAAGCUGAUCUCGGCUCGCAUCAUUGUUGACACUAUUCCUCUCAACUUCCCGGACAAACUGAAGAACCUUGGUGAAGCCUGGUACUCUGGGAAUCAUCUGGCUCAGCCAUUGGAUUCGGUGAAUGAGUAUUUUGGAAGCCCUGUGGCUUUCUACUUCAGCUUCCUUGAUUUCUACACUUGGUCUCUGCUUCCACCAGCGAUACUGGGCAUGUUCAUCGCAUACUUCUCAGGUGAGGUUCAGAGGGAGAUGGUGGAGUCGGUUUCAGGCUCCAAAGCUGUUGUGGAUGUCCAUGACAACUCGGAACCAUUGGUCAGCGGUCACAUGCUCCAGGCUGCUUUCAGCAUGCUCUGGUCCACCGUGUUUAUAGAGCUGUGGAAACGCCGAAGCUCCUCUCUGUCUUACCGCUGGGGGACCCUGCAACUCGCCGAACGCUUUGCAGAGCCGCGGCCAGGUUUUCAAGGCGACCUCGGAGUCAAUCCUGUGACAGGUCGCACGGAGCCCUUGUUUCCUGAAUGGCAAAGGGAGCUGCGUAUGGCGCUGGUGUCCAUCCCAGUGGUGGGACUGUCCCUAGGGCUGGUGGUUGUGGGGAUGCUGUGUUUCUACUGGGCAGAGGCCAUGAUGCAGCAGCUACAUAAAGACUGGAACUCCCUACUGUCUCGGAUUUUGCUCUACAUGCCUUCAGUGCUCCACAUCUUCUACACAAACAUGCUAUCAACUGUUUACAAGAGAGUGGCACAGUCUCUGACUGAAUAUGAGAACCACAGAGAGGAGUCUGCUUUUCAAAACCACCUUACAGCUAAAGUCUUAGUGUUCACCUUCUUCAACUACUUUGCAGUGCUUUUCCACAUCGCCUUCUUCAAGCAGGAUGUGCCGCUGCUUCGUAAGCGUUUAGCAUCUUUGCUCAUCAUAAGUCAGCUGGUGAACCAAAUGACAGAGGUGGUUAUCCCUUUUCUGGUGGACCGAUUCAUUAGCGCCCCCAACAGGGCAGAGAGUGAAGAUGAUUCCCAGCAGGAUAAAUUUAGGAACCAGAGCAAGCUGCCUCCUUUUCCUGGCCUGUUUGCAGAGUACAUCGAGCUCCUGGUGCAGUUUGGGUAUUUGAGCCUUUUUUCAUGCGUGUUUCCUCUGACCGCUGUUCUGCUCCUCCUAAACAACCUCACUGAAAUCCGAACAGACGCCUAUAAGAUCUGCAGACUCUUCCGCAAACCCUUCUCCCCCCCAGUGGCCAACAUGGGCGUGUGGCAGACUGCCUUUGAGAUCUUGAGUUUUGUCUCAGUUGUGUCCAACUGCUGGCUGCUGCUGCUGUCGCCAAGGUUACAGAAGCUGUGUCGGGAGGGCGGGAUGAGCAGCACUAACGUUCUGCUGGUGGCUGUUAUGGUGGAGCAUCUGCUGAUCAUAAUCAAGUUCAUUAUCGCGACCCUUAUCCCAGAUGAGCCGGACUGGAUCCAGAAAAAGAGGGAGUGCAUUGAGUACAGAUCCAUGCAGGCCCUGAGGCAGCAGAAGCUGCAGAAUUAUGAGUCCUAACUUUGUUUCAAGCCAUUGAGGAGGUGUUUUAUAACAUUGGAAGAGGAGCCUGAAAGCAAAGCCCCUGAUGCUCACUGCUGUGCCCCAGAUUGAAGUGUUUCUGCUUCACCAGUUCACAUGGUGCUUCUGCAACAUCUUUACUUAAUGUUUUAUAUACACUGCAAGUGCAAUUCAAACAGCAGCUACAAUGUGUUCAUUUUAAAUAUUAGACAGAAAAUGAAAUGUAUUUGUUGAAUUGCUAUGGAUGCAGUGUGUACAAUAACAAGGAAGGGACACAUAGGACAUGAUGUUUAAUGCUACUGGCAGUAGAUAGGAUGGGUGGAUUCCCCUGCUGGAGUCUGGAGACAACCUGCAGUUGGUGUUAAGAUUCAUCAUUUAGACAGUUUCAUUAAUGGAGUUAACAUCAGCAAGCAACAAACAAAAUAUUUGUUUUUAAAACUGCUUUUCAUGAUAUUUGUUGCACAUAAAACUACGAUAAUAGUCAUUUGUGAGCCAUUUGGCCCUGUCCUCCUUUAUUUAUUGAGAAAAUUAUCCAAUAAUUCACUUCUGUGAGUGACAAAAGUUUGGGUUUAGGCAUUUUCAGUCAAGGUAUGGAGUUAUCAAAGUUAACAUCAACUACAUGUCAGUGGAAUUUAAAUAAACAAAAGAUAUUUGUGAGGAUCUUGGAAGUUGUUGAUGCUCAUCAGACUCUCAGGUUGUCUCCAGUUUGCUAAAAAAAAAAAAAAAAAACUUAGAUGGAGCCAAA